GGCUCCGCCUGUUUGUUUCCGGCGCCGGCGACUGUCGCACCUACCUAUGUUGGAGCUUUAUUAUUAUUGUCCUGAACAAGCGAAUGAUUUGUCACUUCCAGCUGUUUAAACCAGAGCUGCACGCUUUCCUGGAGUAAACAGUUUAUAAGAGUUAUUAUCGGCUGUCGAGUGGAGUGAUAGCAAGGAUGAGUGUGGAUGGAGGGAAGCCGGUGAAGGUGGGCUCUCUGGUGGAAGUGAUUGGUAAAGGGCAGCGUGGCACUGUGGCGUACGUUGGCGCGACGCUCUUCGCCUCAGGGAAAUGGGUCGGAGUCAUCCUGGACGAGCCGAAGGGCAAAAAUGAUGGCACUGUGCAGGGCAAGUCCUACUUCACCUGCAAGGAGAAUCAUGGGAUAUUUGUCCGCCAGUCACAGAUCCAGCUGAUUGAAGAUGGAGGAAGCUCGGCUACUUCACCAGACACACCUGAGUCAGGCAUCGCCAAAGUGCCUCGGAAAGAAAUUGCAGAGACACCUGGAAAAGGAACCAAACUGACUCCAGCUACGUUGAAGAAGGCCGCUGUGCGCCGUAGUACCAAGUGGAAUACUCUGGGACGACUCUCCUACUCUAACUCCCUCCCCUCCCUCAUAAUGACCGGCCGUCCCUCUGGUGGUGGCUCAGAUCUCUCAGGAUCAGUCUUGGUGGAGAACGAACCUGCCACUCCUUCCCAGAGUGCACUGGGGGCUCCCAUGAUGCCACAGCCCAGCAGGACCACUAGUGACGCCCCCAGCAGCCCUGCUCCCUCCAUCUCCAGCAAAGAGGAGGAGGCUCUGCGUGCUCAGGUGAAAGAUCUUGAGGAGAAGUUGGAGACUCUCCGUAUAAAGCGGACAGAGGACAAAGCGAAGCUGAAGGAACUCGAGAAGCACAAGAUCCAGCUGGAGCAGCUGCAGGAGUGGAAGAGCAAAAUGCAGGAGCAGCAGAACGAGCUGCAAAAACAACUCAAAGAAGCCAAGAAGGAAGCACGUGAGGCUCAGGAAGCUAAGGACCGCUACAUGGAAGAGAUGGCAGACACAGCAGACGCUAUUGAGAUGGCCACUCUGGAUAAAGAAAUGGCCGAGGAAAGGGUGGAGUCUCUGCAGCAAGAGGUGGAGAGUCUAAAGGAGAAAGUGGAGGAGUUAACCAUGGACCUGGAGAUCCUUAAACACGAGAUAGAAGAGAAAGGUUCAGACGGUGCAGCCUCCAGUUAUCAGGUGAAACAGCUGGAGGAGCAGAACGCACGACUGAAAGAGGCGCUGGUCAGGAUGCGUGACCUGUCAUCAUCUGAGAAGCAGGAGCACGUGAAGCUGCAGAAGCAGAUGGAGAAAAAGAACUCUGAGCUAGAGACUCUGAGAGUGCAGAAGGAGAAACUGCAAGAGGAGAUGAAGCAGGCCGAGGCCACCAUCGAUGAGCUCAAAGAGCAGGUGGAUGCCGCACUGGGAGCAGAAGAGAUGGUGGAAACUCUGACUGAGAGAAAUCUGGAUCUGGAGGAGAAAGUGAGAGAGCUGAGAGAGACUGUCACUGAUUUGGAAGCGAUAAAUGAGAUGAACGAUGAGCUGCAGGAGAAUGCACGAGAGACAGAGCUGGAACUGCGCGAGCAACUGGACCUGGCAGGAGCUCGAGUCCGAGAGGCCAACAAGCGAGUGGAAGCAGCUCAGGAGACUGUGGCCGAUUAUCAACAGACCAUCAACAAAUACAGGGAGCUCACCACUCACCUACAGGAAGUGAAUCGAGAGCUGACCAAUCAGCAGAGUGCCACAGCCGAGCAGCUCCAGCAGCCUCCGGCUGAGCUCUUCGACUUCAAAAUCAAAUUUGCGGAGACCAAAGCUUACGCCAAGGCCAUUGAGAUGGAGCUGCGUAAGAUGGAGGUGCACCAGGCGAACAGGCAAGUGUCACUGCUCACGUCAUUCAUGCCCGACUCCUUCCUGAGGCACGGAGGAGAUCACGACUGCAUCCUGGUGCUGCUACUCAUCCCCAGACUCAUCUGUAAGGCGGAGUUGAUCAGUAAGCAGGCCCAGGAGAAGUUUGAUCUAAACGAGAACAUUAGAGAGCGCAGUGGGCUGCGUGGAUCAGCGGGGGAGCAGCUGAGCUUUGCCUCCGGCCUUGUGUAUUCCCUCACAAUGCUACAGGCCAUACUGCACAAAUAUGAGCAGGCACUAAAUCAGUGUAGUGUGGAUGUGUUUAAGCGGAUGGGGACUCUGCACUCUGAGAUGAGCGUACACGAGCGUUCUCUCGACUUCCUCAUUGAGCUACUGCAUAAAGAUCAGCUAGAUGAGACAGUGCAAGUGGAGCCUCUCACCAAGGCCAUCAAAUACUACCAGCAAUUGUACAGCAUCCACCUGGCUGACCAGGCUGAAGACUGCACCGUGCAGCUGGCAGACCACAUCAAGUUUAUCCAGAGUGCCCUGGACAGUAUGGGGGCAGAGCUAGGGCGCCUGCGUUCCUUCCUGCAACCUGGGCAGGAAGGGGCAGAGCUUACUUUGCUGCUGAAGGACCUGGACACUUCCUGUGGAGACAUUGGUCAGUUCUGUAAGAAAAUCCGCAGGAGGAUGCCCGGGACUGAUGCACCUGGGAUACCUGCUGCACUCUCUUACUCUCCUCAGGUGGGUGAGGCCCUGGCGGAAAGCAGGAAGCAGCUGAGUUGUGUAGUCGCGGUGCUCCAGGAGACAGCAGCGGCAGGAGCUCAACUCAUCUCUACCCUCUCAGAGCAGGAGGGGCUCAGCGCACACACACUUGAGGAUGGAGUCUUUAAAGCAAUAGAGCAGAUUUACGGUUCUCAUGGUCAGAACCCACGCGAGUGCCUGCGCCAGUCAUGCAGCACUGUCAUAGCAACCAUGAACAAGAUGGCCACCGCCAUGCAAGAGGGAGAGUAUGAUUCUGAGAAACCGCAGCGUGUGCCUCCCCCUGUAGAGAUGCGUUCUGCUGCUUUGAGAGCUGAGAUCACUGAUGCGGAAGGACUCGGUCUCAAACUGGAGGACAGAGAGACAGUCAUCAAGGAACUUAAGAAGUCCCUCAAAAUCAAGGGGGAGGAGUUAAGUGAGGCGAAUGUGCGUCUGAGUUUGCUGGAGAAGAAGUUGGACACGUCUACUAAAGAUGCAGAUGAACGAGUGGAGAAGAUCCAGACCAAACUGGACGAGACAAACACACUGCUGAAGAAAAAAGAGAAGGAGUUUGAGGAGACCAUGGAUGCACUGCAGGCUGAUAUUGACCAGCUGGAGGCAGAGAAGGCAGAGCUUAAACAGAGACUCAACAGCCAAUCACGGAUGACUAUCGAAGGGCUGCGUGGAACACCAGCAUCUGGCAUCGCCUCAAUUGUCACAGGAGGCACUACAGGAGGCGUAGUCUCUGGUAUAGGGAGUGUAUCAGGUACUGUGCAGGUGGUGGAUUCUCCUCUUCUGAAGGAGCAAAUGGAUGUUCAGAGGCUUGCAAUCAAACACCUGAAGAAUGAAAACUACAGACUCAAGGCAGAGAAGAUGAAGGCCCAGUUGGCGUCUCUUCCUCCUCUGAGCGUGCCUAACAUGGCCGGUGUGAUGAAGGACGGCUCACUGAGUGACGGCAUUUCUGGAACGCUGUACCGGAAAACAGACCUGCUGCUCAGCAACCUGCUCAGGAUGAGCGCCGGCGUCAAAGUGGUGGACAUCACAGGAAAAACACCUGUAAGUGCGAGUGCUCAGCUGUUAGAGCAGACGGCUAGACUGGAGUCUCUGAGUGAUGCCCUAGACAAACUAAAGAAUGAAGUAUCAGAGCAUGUAGUAAACCAACAGGUGGGAGCUCGAGUUCGCUCCGAUUUUGCCACGUUCGCUUCAUCGACUUUCAUCAAGGCGGAGGGGGAGAAGAAGUGUGGCACCGUUCUGGUAGGUAAAGUGAUGAUCCCGUGUGCUCGCGGUAAAGAACAAGCCCACUCUCUCGUCCUGUCGCAGCAUCAGCUUCAGCACGUGCACCACCUCCUCAUGACCUAAACGCUUCAUUUCAUUGGACCACCUCAGUCAGGAAAAGACUGCUCCACCUAUCAGAGACACCCUUUCACAGCACUUCCUGUUUUCUCUCAGGAACUUCAGUCCAGGCUUUCAGAUUUCUUCCAAACCAAAGAGAAUCACCACUGUUCAGUAGCUUCAGGUUAUUCAAGGUAAAAGGACAUUCAGGCUCUGCUUGUACAAACUUUUUUUUUGUACUUUAUCAUUAUAUUUUGAAUGAUUUCACUCUGGAGAAUUUGUACCUCAAAAUCAAAUGAUUUUGGCAAAAAUCUGAAUGGUUACAACACUAGCACUAAACAUUAUUACUACUUCUUACCGGUUUGGACGUCAUUUCCUCGAAUAUGAAGUAUUUAAAGAUUCUUAUGCAAUUUUUAAUGUGCGUAGCAAAUAAAUAAAUGAAACAAUAUGGUUUAAAUUUUAGCAACAAAAAAAUAUCGAAUAUGUAAAACUAUAUCGGUAAAAAUGGAUUGUAGUACAUUCGUGUUUGUAAUUCUGGAUGCUAGUUCCACGAAAACAAAGUAUUUACAGAUUUAUGCAAUUUUUGCUUGUGUUGGAAGCGGUUAUUCUUCACUCCUUUUUUAAAAGCUUGCUCACUUUAGAAUAGUAUUUACAAGGGAUGCACAGAUCUCUUUUUGAUUUUUGAUAUGAUCUUAAUAUCAGAGCCGAGUGCUAUACGGAUACUGUUUUUCACUUUAAUACUUACAAGCAGCCUGCCCACUGUUAUUCUCUUUCAGUCCAUUAAAAGCGUAAAUAACCAAACUGAAAAAAAAUGCUGAUACUCCAUAUCAUAUUGGUCCAUCCCUUGUGUUCAUGCACAUUAAUGUAUACAAAGGGGAACACUAAAUACCUGGUUAAGGUCAUUAAAUAGAAAAUAAUUGGUUCACUUGCAUUUCUCUUUAACACACAGAAAGGACCAAAUCAAUACCAGGCUGCAUCUCUGUAUUUUACAAAUUCCCACUCAUGAUUUAUAAUGACCAGGAAAUCUGCCUCUUAAGAAUCUGCCAAAUGUAUUUGUAUAUGAAUUGUAUUGAAUUCAGCUGUCCCACUUCAACAUGCACUAAAAUGUUCUUGGCAUUAUUAUUGUCUAUUUAAAUGUCUUUUGCUGGUAUAGAAGGAAAAGUGUUCACACCCUUUAACUAAUGACAUUUCAUUUCUGGCUAAUGUUGGUCCAUGUAAUGCCAUAUUUAAUGACUUUUGCAUUUGAACUUCAAUAAAAGUUUAAAAAAAAAUCUA